AAUUUAAAAUAAAAAUUAAAAAAAAUUAUUUGUUUUUUAAAUUUUCAAUGCUUGUACAUAACGGUAAGCAACUUCCGGUGGAAGUUAUGUUCCCCCCACUCUCAACGGUUCACCAAACGAGGGAUAGUGACACCUUGCCUAAGCUGUCUGUUCUUCAUAUUGACUCUUGUGCCCCUACUUCAACCUUAAAAUUACCAAAUGUUGUACACCUCUUCCUAGAGAGAGUGUGGGCAGAAAUGGAAUUCUACUCGGGGCCGGUCAUUUUCAAAUCGAGAGAACUCCAUAGCAACCGACACGUGGAUGUAUCAACCUGUUAUAAACGGUAGCCAAAAUGACCGCCUUUUGUGCUGUUUAAACCCUCUGAAGCUCCCCACUUUCCUUCAUCUCUGGCAUUCUCUCUUUGAAAUUCUCUCUUGUUCCUCCGAGAAAUCCAUUGAUUCUGUGAGUUUCUGGAGCUAGAUCUGAGCUUGUUUUUGUUGAAAAUGGCCGGCGCUGCGACGGUGAGGUCCUCGGUGAAGCCGAGAUGCAAGCCACGGAAGGAGGUGGCCAGAUCUGUGCAGAAGAAGGAAGCUUGGAAGGAGGGAAGGGGGAUGAAGUCUCGGUUUGUGGAAACACGGCUUGAUUCUUCGUUCUCGUCUGAGGAUUCAUCUCGCAGUGGAGGAUCCUUGAAGAAGGGACCGGGAUUGAAGUCUUCUGUUAAAGCGGCGCUGAACUCCGUGCGUGUGCCGUCGUUAUCGUUACCAGUGCUGACCAUGAACUCGCUGAGGUGCGCUUGGAUCACGCCAUUCUCCGAACCUCUCUAUGUUUCUUUCCACGAUGAAGAAUGGGGAGUUCCUGUGCAUGAUGACCGGAAGCUCUUUGAGCUUCUGGUGUUGUCAAUGGCAUUGGCCGAACUAAGGUGGCCCGCUAUUCUUAGCAACAGAGACAUAUUCAGGAAAAUAUUUGACAAUUUCGACCCUCAAUCUGUUGCAAAGUUUGAUGAGAAGAAGCUAAUUACAAUCAGAACAAGUGGCAGCACUUUGCUAUCUGAACAGAAAAUGUGUGCAGUUGUUGAGAAUGCAAAGCAGACACUUAAGAUCAUUGAGGAAUUUGGAUCAUUCAAUCACUACUUCUGGAGCUUUGUGAAUCACAAACCAAUUGUAAAUGGAUUUAGAUACGCACGUCAAGUACCAGUUAAGUCUCCAAAAGCUGAGAACAUAAGCAAGGACUUAAUGCAAAGGGGCUUCCGAUGUGUUGGCCCAACUGUUAUUUAUUCAUUCAUGCAAGCAGCAGGCAUUGUUAAUGAUCAUCUAACAAGUUGCUUCAGGUUUCAAGGUUGCAUCUCAUCACAUGGCAAAGAGUUCAAACCAGCAGACAAUGAGACACUGAGAGAUGAUAAGUAAGACAUGAGAUGAAAUUUAUAAAGCUAGUUCUCAAUCAUGCAAUGUAUGUGU